AUGUUGCCUGAUUCCUACUUUGAGAGCUCGAUUUCCGAACCCGUCUCGCCAGACGUUCAACUCGCACGAGCGUCUAUCGUCGAUUGUCACGAACUCGUGAAAAUGUCGUUCAAGAGACUCAACCAAGCCUUGCAGUUGCUCCGAAAAUCUCCCGAAGCCCACAAGGCCGACAUCCAAACGUUGCUUAGCGCAUCUAUAACGUUCCAACAAACAUGCAAGGACAAAAUAAAGGAUCAUCAUGCUCCAAUUAAUGUUUACUUAGAAAAAAUCAUCAAGAAAAUGGACCAUCUUUCAGCACUAUGCAGCAACUCGUUGGCCCUUGUGAACCGAGUCACAAAAGGCCCGACAAGCAAGCGCCAAAGGGAAGGUUUUCCCGGUUGGCUUUCGACUAGAAACAGGAGACUGCUACAGAGUACCGAAAUAAAGGCUAAUGUUGUUGUGUCGAAAGAUGGAACAGGGGAUUUUAAGACGGUCUCUGAAGCCAUCCGAGCCGCGACAGGUUGUCGUUUUGUGAUACAUGUGAAAUCGGGGGUUUAUAGCGAGUCGAUUAAUACGGACAAAGAUGGGAUCACGUUGAUCGGUGAUGGAAAGUACACGACUAUCAUCACCGCCGGCGGUAGUGUGGGUGGUGGGUCUUCCCUACGAGGAUCUGCAACUUUCACAAUCACCGGCGACGGCUUCAUUGCCCGGGACAUCGGCUUCCAGAACACGGCUGGUGCCUCCGGCCACCAGGCGGUGGCGCUGACCGUCUCCUCUGACCACGCCGUCCUCUUCCGGUGCACCAUCGCCGGCUACCAGGACACACUCUACGCCCACUCCCUCCGACAAUUCUACCGCGAGUGCGACAUCUUCGGCACCAUCGACUUCAUCUUCGGCAACGCCGCCGCCGUUUUCCAGAGCUGCUCCCUCGUCCUCCGCCGCCCGCGCGGUGGCGCCGGCUUCAAUGCCAUCCUCGCCAACGGGCGGACCGACCCGGGCCAGAACACGGGCUUCUCGGUCCAAAACUCGAGAAUUACGGUAGGGCCCGACUUCGAGCCAGUCAAGGGCUCGUUCGCCUCCUACUUGGGCCGGCCCUGGAAGGCCUACUCGCGGGCCGUGGUCAUGCAGUCAAACAUCGACGGUGAGAUCUCGGCCCGUGGGUGGGUCGAGUGGGGUGGGGCGAGCGGGUCGACCUACAAGACAUUGUAUUUCGCGGAGUACGAGAAUGUGGGGCCCGGGGCGGGGACUUCGGGCCGGGUCGGCUGGGCGGGCUUCCACGUGAUCGGGGCGCCGGAGGCGAAGAAGUUUACGGUUGGCGAUUUUAUAGCCGGAAAUUCGUGGCUGCCGUCGACUGGGGUCACUUAUGUUGCGGGCCUGUAG